AUGCGGGGGUGGGGUGGGGGGGGCCUGCAAGGCCUUUGUUACAAAGCACGAUUUUUUGUUGUCGUUGUUGUCGUCGUAAUUCUUGGGCUCACGGCCCCAAGCCCUGUAUGCCACCCCCCUUCUCGCCAAAAACAGACUGCGCCCCACGCCUUGCACAAAUACGAACAUCCUUCUCUGCUUCGGUCGUGGCCGGCUGUGCGGUUGCAACGCCUCACCUGGUGCUGCAAUCUCCCCGCUCGCGUCUCGCUCUAUGGUCGCCAGGAGGGCGAGAUCUCCGCGACGGAGAUCCGCGAGAGGGGUCUCAUCGAUGUCCACUAUGGUAGCGUGGCGGAGAAAGCCCUGCAGCUUCAACCGGCGGAGCUGCUCGUGCCGAAGCAUGCGCAGAAGGAGUUCGAGGAGUGCUUUGGCAUGUCUUGGGCGGAUGCCUUGAAGGAGGACAAGGUGUGCAACGCCGCGGAGGCACAGAAGAGGCUGGGGUGGACUUCCCAGCAACUGGGCGCCCACUGGGACACGCUGAAGAUGGGCGUUGGUAAAGUGAAGUUCGGCGGCGGCUUCUACUGCGGUCAACUACGCGACCUCUUUGUCAUCAACGGCUUCUACAUGGCCAUGCGUGGCCAGUACCUGAUACCUGGCAGUUCGGUGCGGUGGUUCAAAGUGAAGUGGCACGCCUGCGACAUGUCCUGGAAAGUGUUUCGCGACGAGAUCGUGGGCAACACGGACCCUGCAGCUGCAACCGCGAAGUCUCUGCGUGGGCACUUCCACCGAAACUGGGCAGAGCUUGGCUUGCCGAGCCAGCCGCACGUGGGCGAAAAUGCCGUGCACGGAUCCGCGAGCCCCUUCGAGGCCUUGGCUGAGAAGAGGAACUGGCUUGGAGAGGACUACAAGUCUGAUCCCUUUGGCUCCUUGCUUCUCAGCAGUGGCAUCACCAUCGAGACCAGCGAGAGGUGGCGCCGCAACCCCGUGGCCGCCCAGCCGCACCCAGCUCUCCCUCCCUCUCCGGCCUCAGAACAUGACUCCCUGGCAAAGCCGCUGCGCUUUAAAUCCGUCAGAGGUCAGCCUCGACGGACGGUCCGACGCUCUGAAGACUCGAAAUUGCGAUGA